AUGAGUUUCGAUUUCUUAAGGAAUAAUUUGUUAUGGCGAAAGGAUGAUGAUGGGAAAACACCCAAAAGAGCCUAUCACAUUGUCGAUGAUUUUCUGAGACUGCCUGUGACCUUUUACAACUCUGUGGGCAUAGAUCCUUAUAAUUCGGGCCAAAAUCACGGACUUUGGUUUCGUCUUUAUUUUGCGCUGAAUUGGAUCAACACUGUAUUUACCGUCAUUUUGGAGAUCAUGUUUUUUUCGACCAUUGUGUCGGAUGAUGAAAAAUUCCUCGAGAGCUGCAUAACAUUGGGCUACUUGUCUUUUGUGAUUGUCGGCUUCCUGAAGUUAAUUUCUGUGCUGACUAAAAAGAAAAAGCUCACUAGCUUAGUUCGGCACUUGGAGUCCUGCUUCCCGUCGCCCAGCGCAAGUGAUCAGGAACAAUAUGCCGUGAAGACCUUCCUGAAACGAUGCAAGAUUUUCACAAUGGGGUUUGGUGUUCUCCUCACCACUAUGUGCUUGGCGCACAUCCUGAUUCCCCUGGUCAUAUACUAUUUUCAGAGAUGGGUGCUCAAUUCACUAGAUCUUGAGCGUGAACUGCCGUUUUUUGGCUUGGCUCCUUGGGAUUAUAGCGGCUAUAUGUUUUAUCCUACCUACUUUCUUCAAUCAAUCGCCGCCUACACGGUGACUUGCGGAGCCAUAUCCAACGAUAUCAUGAUAUUUGCCGUGGUUUUUCAGGUCCUUAUGCACUACGACAGACUGUCUAGGGUUCUCCGGGAGUUCAAGGUUCGGAACCAUAACGAAUCUGAAGGAGCUGAGGAGGAUUUAAAAGCAUUGCGGUCUUUGGUUGCAAACCACAUCGAUAUACUUCGACUUACCGACGUGAUGAACGACGUCUUCGGAGUUCCCUUGUUAUUGAACUUCUUGGUCUCUUCACUGCUUGUCUGCCUAGUGGGGUUUCAAUUAACCAUCGAGUUCAGCCCGGCGUAUUUUGGCAAACAAGUUCUACUCUUGGCCUCGGCCAUUGUGGAGGUGUAUCUUCUCUGUUCCUUCAGCCAGAUGCUGAUCGAUGCGAGUGGAAAGAUCAGCUUGGCGGCUUACGAGAUGAAUUGGAUCGAGGCCGAUAUGCGAUGCCGAAAGAUGCUAAUAUUCCUUUCUUUGCGGGCCCAGAAGCCAGUAUGCCUUAAAGCUACUGUAGUCUUGGACCUAUCCAAUGAGACGAUGAGUAUCUUUUUGGGCAUGUCGUAUAGAUUCUUUUGCGCUCUUCGCACUAUGUAUCCGUGAAUGAAGAUAAGCGUUUUCAAGGAAAACUAUGUUAAAAUUUUUUUAAUCAAGAGUAUAAU